CGACGAACAAUGGCUGAAAAAGCGGCACAGGUCAAGAGCGAGCAUCCAGUAAAACCCUAUGUCAACUUCGCUAGCUCAACAAAUUUACGAUACGACGAGUCGAAUCGAAAGCUGAGGGAAUGCUCGUUUGGAACGUAGCCGAUCGGAUCCAUAGAAAGUCCGCUGAAAUGGCUUCUCUACCGUUUCCUUCCCGCCAUCAGAUUCCUUGCAAAAACCGCCGGGUUUGGAUUUUCACUUUGUUAAUCUCUUGAGAGCGUCUUCCCCCAGGCGCGGGGGUCAUUUUCAACAUGAUCCAAAUUCCGGAAUCGCUGUUCUUGUUUCCUUGUUUGGAAGUUAAAAUAGUCUGGGAUUCGUCGCUUUCUCUCGACCUAGAAUUUCACUGCCGAACAGUACUGUUUGAAUGUUUUUAUGGUCUUGAGAAAGCAAAUAGUGCUUCUGUGUCUUAUGAUCACAGGGCUCUGGUCAUUGAUGGGAAGCGGCGGAUUCUGCAGUCCGGUUCUGUUCAUUAUCCUCGAACCAGCCCCGAGAUGUGGCCCGAGAUCAUUAGGAAGUCGAAGGAAGGGGGAUUGGACGUGAUUGAAACUUAUGUGUUUUGGAACUAUCAUGAGCCUCUGAGAGGACAGUACUACUUUGAAGGCAGGUUUGACCUGGUCAAGUUCUUGAGAACGGUUCAAGAUGCUGGUCUGAUGGUUCACUUGCGGAUUGGCCCAUAUGCUUGUGCUGAAUGGAACUAUGGAGGAUUCCCUAUGUGGUUACAUUUCCUUCCCGGAAUUCAGUUCCGGACUACAAACAGCGUGUUCCAGAGUGAAAUGCAGCGCUUCCUUGAGAAAAUUGUGAAUUUAAUGAACGAGGAGAAUCUAUUUGCAUCACAAGGAGGGCCAGUCAUUCUUGCCCAGGUUGAGAAUGAAUAUGGUAAUGUUGAGUGGGCUUAUGGGCUUCCUGGACCAAACUAUGUCAAAUGGGCUGCAAAUACCGCUCUUAACCUCAAUGUGUCAGUACCUUGGGUGAUGUGCCAACAGUCUGAUGCUCCUGAUCCGAUCAUAAACACGUGCAAUGGAUUUUACUGUGAUCAGUUUACCCCAAAUUCUCCAUCGAAACCAAAAUUCUGGACUGAGAACUAUCCUGGAUGGUUUGCUGCAUUUGGCUCACCGGUUCCACAACGUCCCGUUGAAGAUGUGGCUUUUGCUGUUGCUCGCUUCUUUCAGUAUGGUGGAACAUUGCAAAACUAUUACAUGGCAAGUUACUUUGGUGGAACCAACUUUGGACGAACAGCUGGAGGUCCUAUGAUUGCGACAAGCUAUGAUUAUGAUGCCCCAAUUGAUGAAUAUGGGUUUAUAAGACAGCCAAAGUGGGGACACCUGCGAGACUUACACCAGGCAAUAAAACAGUGUGAAGACCACCUAGUCGACGGAGAUUCCACUGAGCAGUCUUUGGGAUAUAACCUAGAGGCACAUGUCUACUGCAUAGCUUCAGAUGAUUGUGCUGCAUUUCUUGCUAAUUAUGGAAGCAGCUCUGAUGCAAAUGUCACAUUCAAUGGCAAUACUUAUUUUCUCCCAGCUUGGUCUGUGAGUGUACUUCCAGACUCCAAAAAUGAAAUUUUCAACACCGCAAAGGUUACUACUCAAAGAAGCAUCCAUGACUCUCCCCUUGCUAGCAAUACAACGAGGAAAGAGGUUUCACUCGGGGAGUCUUGGAAUUGGCACAAAGAAGAAAUAGGCAUUUCAGACGGCAACAACUCUUUUACUGCUCAAGGCUUGUUGGAGCAUAUUAAUACCACACAAGACACUAGUGAUUUCCUGUGGUACUCAACGAGUUUUGUGAAUGACGGUCAAGCCAUUGACGCUCUAUUGAACAUCGAGAGUUUGGGGCAAGCAGCACUGGUCUUCCUGAACAAGAAUCGUGUCGCAUUUGGGUUUGGAAAUCACGACAUUGCAGCAUUCUCACUAUCUCAGAAAGUCACACUUGUAGAAGGAACCAACACACUCGACAUUUUGAGUAUGAUGGUUGGUGUCCAGAACUACGGCCCAUGGUUCGAUGUUCAAAAGGCUGGACUUGUUGCCGUUUUCAUGGCUGACUUCCGCAGUGGUAUCAACAUGCUUUCUUCUAGAAACUGGGAUUACCAGGUGGGACUCAAUGGAGAAAGCCUUGGACUUGAAAAAGAAGUCAAUGCAGCAAAUAGCUCACUCUGGACUCAGGGAACUGAUAUGCCCGUCAGUGAGAGUUUGGUUUGGUACAAGACGACAUUCCCUUCUCCCGAAGGAAAUGGACCCUUGGUCCUAGACCUUGCCGGCAUGGGAAAAGGUGAAGCAUGGGUGAACGAGCAGAGCAUAGGACGAUACUGGUCAACCUAUCUAUCACCAGCAGCAGGCUGCAGCGACACUUGCGAUUACAGAGGACCUCAUGAUGCAAAGUCUUGCCUGACGAAAUGUGGUCAACCUUCUCAAACGUUGUAUCAUAUUCCUCGGUCCUGGGUUCAUUCUGGCGACAACCUAUUGGUCCUACGCGAGGAGCUUGGAGGCGAUCCAACCCAGAUUUCUGUGUUAGCACACACAGGCCAGGAGAUAUGUUCUGUUGUUUCAGAGGAAGAUCCAACACCACCAGAAUCUUGGAGACCAAACAUGGAAUUCAGGUCUCAGAGCCCCGAAGUUCGACUGAAAUGCGAGCAAGGAUGGCGCAUUACCUCCAUCAAUUUCGCUGGAUUCGGCGACCCUGAAGGAGAUUGUGGGAGGUUUACACCUGGGGCUUGUCAUGCUGACAUGUUAUCUGUUGUCCAGAAGGCGUGCAUUGGGCAAGAAGGAUGCUCGAUUCCUUUAUCAUCGGCGGCUGCUAGCCUCGCUGAAGCUUGUCCUGGAGUUUCAAAACGGUUUGCGGUGGAAGCUCUCUGCAGCUAGAAAGGAUCUCGAUUCCUUGCCUAUCAAGGAAAGAACAGGCAAAUACUUCACACCAUUCAUUUUCAAUAUACAGCGAUCGUUCUCAUCGAUUCACGAUUUUACUUUGAAAUCACUUUGUAAAUCCGCUAUUUCGUUACCGACAGAAAGUAUAAACUGCCUCCUACGCUCAGACCUCAUUUUCUAUUCAUUCAUGUUCCUCAUUGCCGCAUGUUUAUUGUAGAUGCUCAAAGUUGGGUGGAAAUGUUGUCCAUAUCGAAAGUUUAUGUAAUAUCGAAAUCAUAAGAUUUUGUAAACCAUGUUAUAAUCAAGAAAAGACUAGCA